UCCCUAUAAACACACCUCUCUCUCUCUCUCUCUCUGCAAAGAAGCAUACAUCUCUCCCUCUCUCUCUAAACUGCAGCGCUAAAAAUCGAUUGAUUCAUUUUUUAGCAAACCCUCGCCGGGAAAUGAGAAUUUCGGCGGGUCUUCUUACGCCAAGAUGCUUACCAGCGGCGGAAAAUGCAGUUCCCUACGAACCGAGUGAAGCAAACCUCAGCUGUUGCAGAGGUGUCUAGGGUUUCAAAUGAGAGGGAGCUAUCAUUUGUGGAAACAAAGGGUACAGAUAUGCCACCUGAGAAAUUUCACCCUCGUCCUGUUAAUUUAUCAGUGAACGGAAAGAGUGAUUCUAUGCCUUUUGGAAAAUUGAUGCAAAAGUUUGUAGUGGAAGAUGAACCAGAAGUCGAUGGAAAAGGGAUGGCUGAUCAUCCAGGUGAUCGUCUUGUCUUUGGCGGAAUGAGUCGUGGUGCCGCAGGUGCUGGUUCUUCGCGUUCGGGGCCUCCCACCAACCCUAUUUCGUAUGAUGUGGGGGCAGUUUCUGAGAAGAUUCGCCAGUCAGUGAGGAAUUUGGAGCUUGUUGGGGUCAAUGUCAGUCGUUUCAGCCUGGAAGCUAUCAUUCGGCUAAUAUCAUCAAUUCCUUUAGGAACUUGACUCCCAGGUCACUCCUGGCUUGUUGCAAUUAUCGUACUACUCCUGGUGGCCAUGAUGCGAUGGCUCAAGCCAUGCCCAAACUUAAGCUUGAGAAGAAAGUCCCGACUGGGUUGACGCCACAAGAUGCCUCUUAUGCCCAGGUCCUCAGUAUUCAGCAGCAGGAUAUGUUUGCUCAGAUCAAGCAGGUUAGGUCUGAGUAUGAUCGAGAGCUUGAUGAUUUGAGGAGGCAAAUUAUGAUCGGACAACAAAACAAGGAGGCGGAGUUACGAAAUAUCCGUGAGCAGUAUUUCCUGGCUACUGGCUAUCAGGACCUGGUCUCGAAGAUCUUCUCAACAGGUGUUGGACCCGUUAUCUGAAGGAGCGCAAUCAGUUGCACAUUGCACCAGCCACUAAGGAUGAUCUUACUUUGAAGAUGGUCGUCGAGCCUUUCGGUGCUAUUAUCAAGAAUGAAAUGCGUUCUGAGUUUUGCCGCCAGGAGCACGUUCGUAAUGCUCUGGUUCUAUAUCUUCAAGAUAAGAUUCGACUCUUCACUACUGAGAGAAAUGUCCGUAAGUUAAAUACUUUUCGGAAUCUCUUGGCAGCAGUGGGCGGUGAGACAACUCCAUUACCUACCACUCAAGCAGAGGAAGAUGUAGGUCGAGCAGAUUCCAGUGGGGAGCCUAGUUCUACCGGGGGAGCGGAUGGCGAACCAACCUCUGAGGGAGUUCCUGCCCCAGUGGGUGCUGAAGGUGAGGUCCCAGCGGGGGGAGAAGGUGAAGAAAGGGUUGAGGCCCCAGAUUGAACUCUCCGGUGGGAAAACGAGCUGCUCCUGACCACCCGCAUCUGCAUUUACACGCAGCCCAGAGAGGUAAGGCCCUGCGGACUGGCGGUGUCAAGAAGUAGUUUUGAAGCAGGGGUCCGGUGCAUCAUCGGUGGAGGCGAGAUGCGCAGUUGGAUUAAUGCCUCCAGUAUGUACAGAGGUGAGAUGCGCAGUUGGAUUAAUGCCUCCAGUAUGUACAGAGGUGAGAUGCGCAGUUGGAUUAAUGCCUCCAGUAUGUACAGAGGUGGGUGCUAGUUCCAAUGAUGCUUACAGGUUACUGUCUCAGGCAAGGGAUGAUAUGCCUGGGAAUUUUCUUCAAUUUUGUUUUACAGUGGACAGUGCAGGAAACAGAUAGGAAAAGGUACUGUUAGUUCCAAUCCAAAAUUGCAACAAACUUUUGAUGAGGAUAUAGGUUUAUCAAAGCAGAGAACUCCCUUUAGGCCCCCAUUGAAGAUCGGUGCUACUAAUUUAUGUUGUAGUAUUAAAAAUAGUGGUUCUCAAACUACUGAAACUACCCCUGAAGGCAUAGAGAGUACACCAGAAAAAUUGCAGUCACGGCCUCGUUCCAGCAGGUUCUUCAAAAAGGAAGAAAGUAAUUCUGUGUCUUUUGAAAGUUUAAUGGGCAAGUUUGUCGUGGAAGAUGAACCAGAAGGGGAUGAAAAAAGGAAGCAAGGUCGACAGGUACUACUUGCUCAAAUCUGAAAUUAGAACCAACUUUCGAUAAGGAUGUUGGCUUUCGAAAUCUGACGUGAUGUUGCUAAAGAAUGAUGCUGUUGAGUUUAGUGCUAGCCUUGAAAAUGGAGGUUCUCAAAGUAUUGAAACUGUAUGUGAGGUUUCAAGGCCAGAAACACCAGCUAUGCGGCCACUAGUUCCCCCUUGAAAUGAAUGCAAGAGGAACAGUGUAACUUCAAUGAUAUGCUUAGAGAUUCUUUGACGUUUGGCUUAAACAAAAAGCAAAAAUUGGUUUAGGAUUUAGGCUUAGGGUCAGGCAUUGGUAGUUACGGUGGAGCAUCUGAAAAUAUAGGCAGUGAGUUUGAAUGGCUCAACCCAUCAUCGAUAAGGGGCUCAAAUAAAAGAAGACCAGGUGAUCCCCUUUAUGAUAAGCGGAUCCUCUACAUACCUCCUGAUGCCUUAAAU